AUGAAUCACGUCAUAGCCACAAUUUCUGUCCUGGUCUUGAUGGCGCUAAAAGUCAUAACUGCUUCGACUGAAACCUGCAAACUGGGAAAGAUCUCAAACCAGUGCAUCGACAACGAGCCUCCGUGCGGCUACUGCGGGGAAUAUAUCUCUAUUACCAUCAUUGUGACAAACACACUUGUGGAACCCAAGUUUCUUUCCGAAGUUAGAGUGGAAAAAGAGCCCCAACAGACGUUGUUCUACUUCCUGCAGUUAGCGGUCAACCAGAACAGUAAUCUGAAGUUUUCUUCAACAUACUAUGCUAAACUAGGAUUUAUGGUGGACACUAUCAAUAAGGUGACAGCAAACGUUACGGCCCAAACCUACUGGCGCAUCAUCAGUGUGACCAGUGGCAAUAAGCCUCUUGAAUGUGGUGUGUCAUCUUACAUACCUGUACAAGGUGAAGUGAUCUUGUUUAACUUCACCACCUGGAGCGACACCCAAAAUGAGAAGGAUGCAGCUUUCCCACAGUGCAUUUUUGGUGGCUGCAGCUAA